AUGCCACCCGUUCGCCUGCUCUUCCUGACCACUCUCCUUGUGGUCCUGAUGGCCAUGCUGACCUCCAGCGCCAGAACCACACGCUGGCCCAAGCCUCAGACCACCAAGAAGCCCCCUCGAGCUGGGGGCAGCAGCGGAGGUGGGGGUGGAGGAUUCGGACGGACGACCACCACGACAACGUCCCCUUCCAGCAUGCACACGGAUGAGACAACAGAGGUUAUGAUGGAUGCGUACUCCCUGUCCCCUACAGACAGCACCACCUACUCCAGUGACACUUACCCUACUGAUUUCCACACCGAUGCCAUAGCGCCCCCUGGGAACACCCACGGAAACUAUACCCUUGACUACAACGAAUGCUUCUUCAACUUCUGUGAAUGCUGUCCACCAGAGAGAGGCCCCGUAGGGCCCAUUGGAGAGAGAGGGCCACCAGGACCACCAGGAGAGAGGGGCCCUCUAGGGUUACCUGGAGAGAAGGGAGAAACAGGGCCCAGAGGACCUCCAGGACCAGCAGGACUACCUGGAGCCAAUGGACUCAAUGGCGACAUAGGUGAAAGAGGUGAUCCUGGACUGAUGGGUGCUCCUGGUGCCCCUGGGAUCCCAGGAAAACCAGGAGAGAGAGGUGAUCCGGGCCCCAAAGGAGAGAGAGGUGAACGCGGCUUCACUGGUCUGAAAGGUGACCCGGGAGAAAGAGGGUGGCCUGGUCUGAAUGGGACCAGAGGAAACAUGGGGCGAGAGGGGCCCAUGGGUCCCCCUGGGGUAGCUGGAACAAAGGGUCAGAAAGGUGAACUGGGACCUACAGGCGAGUGUUUACCAGGCGAGAAAGGUGAUGUGGGUGAGCGUGGUCUAAGAGGUGAGAUGGGCCCCCCAGGAGUGAAUGGAACUGCUGGUGCAAAGGGAGAGCGAGGGGAGCUAGGGUCUCCAGGAGGGAAGGGGGAUACUGGUGCCAGAGGUCCCUCAGGACCUCCAGGACCCAGGGGCAUGGCAGGGCUGAGGGGGGAGCGGGGACUUAAAGGUGGGCGUGGGCCUCGGGGACCUAGAGGCCCACCAGGGGAGAGUGUUGAGCAGGUUCGCUCCGCCUUUAGUGUGGGCUUGUUUCCAAGCAGGUCCUUCCCUCCACCCAACCUGCCUGUGAAGUUUGAUAAGGUCUUUUACAACGGGGAGGGGCACUGGGACCCAGCACUCAACAAGUUCAACGUCACCUACCCGGGGGUCUACCUAUUCAGUUACCACAUCACAGUGCGCAACCGGCCUGUGCGUGCCGCCCUAGUGGUUAAUGGGGUACGGAAGCUGCGGACCCGGGACUCUCUGUACGGCCAGGACAUCGAUCAGGCAUCCAACCUCGCACUGCUGCAGCUGAAUGAAGGCGACCAGGUGUGGCUGGAGACGCUGAGGGACUGGAACGGAGUUUACUCCAGCAGUGAGGAUGACAGCACGUUUACUGGCUUCCUGCUUUACCCAGACUCAAAGACCAAACCCACUGCUAUGGAAAACCUGUGA